AUGGCCCUCUCCAUACCAACGCCGGAAAUCAAAGAGUAUAUUGAUUUGGCAUCACUCGGCCCCCCUACCCACUAUAUGACAAGAUGGCAAACCUGGAAGGUUUUUGGGAGAUUUACUGGGAAGCUUGGUAAGCCUGAAAGAAAUCCUUGCCCUGAAACCCUCAAUGCUGUCAAGACCGUUGCUGUCAACGGGACCAAAAGAGCUAAAGUGCUCAUUACCAACGCCAGCAACCUGCUCACUGCUGACUUGGUUAAGCAACUUAACGAGUUGCUUAAGGAACUUGGCCCGGUGAUUACUGCUUGUAGCCAAGGUGAUUUCUAUGCUACUCCAGCCACCACUAGGGUAAAGUGAGGGAAUGAAAAUGCAAUACUUCCGGUUACCCUGCUGUGUCUAUGUACUCCGAUGGCAGGAGAAUUAUGAAAUAUGAUGAUUAGAUGGAAUCAUUGGACUUAAUCCGGAUGGAGUGAGGAAUGGUUACAUUGAACAUUCAGCAGGGAUUGAGGCUGGCAUAUGACCUGCUGGAAAUGGAUUGAGUUCCUUUCCAUCAUUUAUCUGUUCUUAGAAGAUCCCCAUUUUUUGACUCCCAGAUAGAUGCGCUACUACUCCAUAGUUACUUACCAUAAUGUCAAAUAUAACUUAAG